CAGUAUUUUAACUUUAAGUGUGGUUGCCCCGGAAGUGCUCGGUGUUCCGGCGGGAGGGAGCGGACAGCUGAGGGAGGAGGCGGCGAUGGAGCUGUGUGAGAUCCUGUAUAACAAGGCGGAGUACAUCGAGACGGCCUCUGGUAACAAGGUUAGCAGGCAAUCUGUGCUGUGUGGGAGCCAGAACAUAGUACUAAAUGGAAAGACCAUUGUUAUGAAUGACUGUAUUAUCCGUGGAGACCUGGCAAAUGUGAGAGUUGGACGACACUGUGUCAUCAAGAGCCGAAGCGUCAUAAGGCCACCUUUUAAGAAAUUCAGCAAAGGAGUUGCCUUCUUCCCACUGCACAUUGGUGACCAUGUGUUCAUCGAGGAAGACUGUGUGGUAAAUGCUGCCCAGAUUGGAUCUUAUGUUCACAUAGGGAAGAACUGUGUUAUUGGUCGGAGGUGUGUUCUGAAAGAUUGUUGCAAGAUUCUGGACAACACUGUCCUCCCUCCGGAAACUGUGGUCCCUCCUUUCACCGUCUUCUCUGGCUGCCCAGGCCUUUUUACUGGUGAACUCCCAGAGUGCACACAGGAGCUUAUGAUUGAUGUUACAAAAAGCUACUACCAGAAGUUCUUGCCGCUUUCUCAGAUUUGAGGUGGGCCUUUUCUCCACAGCACCAUGAGUACAGAAUGCAUUUUACUGGGGACCUGAAAGUAAACAACUGGAUAAAGUUUGGACACUGCCUGGGCACUCCCAGGUGAUGAAGUGGCUCUGGCAAAGAGAAACUUGUGUGUUAUAAAUAGUUGUUUCCUUAGGUCUGGUAAAGACUGGCUGCUCCUUCACACUUGAAAUGAUAGUGUGUGUAACCUUCACUUCAUAAUUUAAUUAUUUUUAUUGGCUCUGCUCAGUGCCACAGAAAACUGAGCCUGAUAUAUACACUGUAAUUAUUCAUGACAUUAUUUCUGUGGUGAGAUGUUCAGUCACCAAGCUUCCCGCAUGUUCUAUCUAGGUUUAUUGCAUUAAUCCAGUUCCAAUUAGAGAAGACUUUCUGUUGUGGCUGUGUGUAAGCAGUUAUUCUGUUUCUCAUAAAAAUGAAACUGAGUUUCUUCGCUGUUUGUAUAAAGUGCUAUCAGGCUUUUCAUGAUUCUUGACUGACUGAUCAUAAAUAUCACCUGUUGAGAUCCAUGUCACAAAGCAGGAUACACUAAAGUGGCCAGCUUAACAAAUUAUACUUUAAUAACUGCACAUACAUGCAACUAAUGCAGAACAAAUCUGCCAGUAACCACCAUGGAAGUGACAUCAUAUAAUUGAAGUGCAAUCAGACAUGAUUAUAAGUAACACACUAUUCAGCAAUGUCAGUCUUUAUACUCACUGUCCAUAUAGCCAUUCCUCUUCACAUCCGCAUUCUAUUCAUUUACUUUUCACACAUUUGUUAAGGUUUUUGCCACUUAAAGCAAAGUGUCUGUAAUCUCCAUUGAUUAUCAUGCAGUCAUUUUGUCUAUAUCAUAUAAUGGGUGUUCUUAAUAAGAACUAAAAAAUGAUUUUAGCCUUUUUGAUGCAUUAUAUAACUACAGGCAUAAUUUUAUAGUUUAUGCAGGUGCAAAUACAAAGAACACAAUUCGCCACAAUUCCCUAAAAAUAUAAUGGAAGAACAUGUCUGUAGACAAAAACCACCUGCCCUUAAAUGCAAAAAUGUGUCACAGUAUUCCCAGUGCUGGAUUUGCUGCAAAUGAUCCUGGAUGGUUGCUGCAUUCCUGACUAUCUGUUUACAUUUUUGUUCAUUUUGUUCAAGAACUCUCGGUGGAGCCAGGUGAAGUUUGUUUUGCCAUUGAGGAUGGGUUUCACUGGUUCUGGAUGUUUUUUACUGUUCAUGACUGAAAACUGGUAGGAGUGCUUCUUGAUAAAUUCUGCUUGUUUCUUUCAACACUUGUAUGUGGUACUGAGGAUUCAAGUGUUUAAUCACUUUGUCCCAUCAGCCACAGAGUGAUUGUGGGAAUUGUCAUUCCUUUAACACAGUUUUCCCUUUUUCUUAAGAGAGUUACUUCAAGCAGCAGUUCCUUUGUCAUGUUCAGCCAUCCCUUCUGCCAUAACUUGACAACUGUUUCAAUCUGAGAUCUUAAAAGAGCUUUCUUUAAAACCAGAUGCCUCCAGUCACUCAAAUUGUGCUUUCUCCAUGAAUAAUUGAAAAAGAAAAUCUUGGCAUUUUGUGGUAGAAUUGACAUGGUUAUGAUGUGCCCAAUAUAGUUUUUGGCAGUUUCCUUGCAAAAACAGUCACAAAGUUUCAUAUGUUUUAAUAUCAAGAUACUGUCUGCCUCUAUUCUGUGGCAAUAAGCUUCCUCCGGGGUAUUUGAUGGCAUCAUGUGUUGCCUUUUGGAUGAAUAAAAGCAAGCCAGAGAUCAGCUCUUAACUUCUGCAGAUCAACUGGGCACAUUUCUCCUGUUAGGCAGUGACUUUAAUGUUGCGAACAGUUGCUGUAUGUUUACAGCAAACUAACACCAUGUCCAAAUAUUCUUAUUCCAUUUACUCUCAAACUUCUCACUCUUUAUACAUGAAGAGUAAAUAUGACCAAAUAUCAAGGAAAUUAGAGUGUUAUUGGACUCUGUAGAGAUUCCAGUUUGGCUACAGUUAUAAAUGACAUCUGAAUCCUGUCAUUUUCAAGCUCCUCUUUAAGCUUGUGUGUGUAUUUUCACAUUAUCCACUGACAAUGCCAAAAACUUAUCUUAUCGGUUGAAGUAAUUUCUGAUGUGUCUCCUUUUAGUCAGACAAAUCCAUCUGUGGAUACACUGCUUUCAUAAGCCUUGACCAUGACAGGCAACAGUUUGACAUGUUUGUUAUUCAGUGUAGCAGCAGAAAGUGACACAGUGAACACCCUUUGGGUCCUGCAAUUGGUUGGUUUGAGAAUAUUCCAUGGAAAGUAAGGCUACACUUUGUUGGCUCACCUUCAAUUGGUAAUAUAACUUGAAUUGGCACAAAUUGCAGGAAGAUUUGUGUAGUAACACCUGCUUGAUGACCUUCUGCACUGGAGCUGGAAAGUAGUGACAUAGUUGAGUUUUCUCUUUCAGUUGGCCAUAAACAGAUUUAUUUUGAUCUGGUUAUUAACCUUUUUGUGACAACAGCACUUUCACUUCAACACUAAAAUCUCAAUUCUUUUACUUGUUCAUGGUUAAACAUAAAUUAUUGCAACUAUGUAUCUAUGUUGCAGUUGAUAAUAGUAAUAUUCUGGAUAUUUCUCAUGCUUAUUUCUACUAUUGUCUUAAAACAUAACGCUACUGCCUGCUUGCUUUAAGUAAUGUUCCACAGUAGACUGAAGUUUCAGUCAGGCUUGCCAUGGGUAGCUUGCUGUUUUUAAAAAAAAAAUUUAAAAAUCCCAGUGCUAAGAGCACAUGACUUGUAUGCCCACCCUGCCCUUUCCAAAUAUUAGAUGUCCUUUGUGUGCAGUAACAUUUGUAUAGAAUAACAAAGUGCCCCCCCGCCCCCAAAAAGCAAUCAACCUUAAAUUCCCUAGAAGAGGGUAGAAAUAUGUAAUGACAUUGAGAAAGAUGAGGCUCACUGAUGCCACUAACAUGGGCAUCUGCACACAGAUGCAACAGGUUUUGAGUAGAUAGGUUGUCUGGGACACAGUUCAUGAUCCUGGGCCAGAGGACUAGGAUCUCUCUGGUACUUGGUUGCUUUGGGGCUCCUGCAACUGAUAGACAUUAUUAAAAUGUGGGAAACUUCAAACAGGGAUCCUAACUCCCCUACUCCCCAGGGCACCUUCUGCCUAACUUGCUAAAAUGGUCAGUCUCUCAUAGAUGACCUUGCACUUUGGGAGACAUUCAACUGAUUCAUAACUUGAAUACAUAACAUGAAUGAUUUCACUCGGGGAGUUGAGUGUGAUUUUGGCUGGGACUACAUUGUACCUUUACCUUGAAAUUAUUUGUUCCUCUUCUCUCUCCCUGCUUUGAGGUAACACUAGUUUUCUUCUGAUACCUCUUGAUUGUAACUCAUUUGUCAUUUGGAGCCAGAUAUAUCUGUUAUAACAUGUGAAAGCCUACAGGUGAUUUGUUGUAAUGGUGCAGCAAUACUUGAAACACAAGCUUGCUAGCCAUUGAUAUUGUUAUAAGUCUGUAUGCAGUGUGCUGACUCCUAAUCCUAGUGAUCUAGUUUGCAUUCAUUGCUGCACACUCAGCUUCUCAUUUUCCUCUGAUGCAGGGUUUUGACCCAAAACUUCAACAAUUCCUUUCCACCACAGAAUCUGCUCGAUCUGUUGAGGUCCUCCCGCAGAUUGUUUUUUGCUCCAGAUUCCAACAUCUGCAGUCUCUUGUGUUUCUCAUUUUCUUCAGAGGGCCUCAUUUCUCAUACCAACUUCACCCAUCAGAGGUUACUCCUGCUGUAUUACACUCCAAGGGAAGCCAGUUUGGGAGUGGGGUCGCAUUUUAUCAUAACUGUUAAAGCAGGAUUAGUUUUGUGCAAAUGCAAUAAAACUUGAUGGAUAAAUUUGUGCACUUUAUAUUGUUUUU